CUUGCUUCUAAGCAUUCCUAACUGAUGGUAUCGUGCGUAUGUCUCGUAACAGCCGAGCGUCGUUUUGCAAUUUAAGCACUCGCCUGGCGCAGCUCGCAAUCAUUUUGAGUUUGCACUUAAUAAAGUACCUGCUAUUGUUUACGCUCAGCUGUCAGAUUUGCUUUGAGGUGCGUGCCAGCAGAGUUCAAGAUUAUCUGUUACUCCACGGUUGUUAAUAGCAACUGACAUUUGGUUGAAAACCACUCAAGAAGGAACAUAGAUCACUACAAAGAGUCCCUAUGGAUCAUCAAAUAUACGGUAAGAAAUUUAAAACCUAAUGUUUAAGCUUUGCGCUCGACGUGGUGUGAUUAUGUUCGCGCAGUUCCCGUCGCGAAACAGACAGUUUAACAUAAGCAGGUUUAGGACGCAGCAAGCGCGCAAUGCGGGACGCAGUUUUAGCGAGGCGCGCACAUUAUGCAAAAGCCCACCAAAGAAGUGCCCAAUAAAUUCAGCUCAUUUGAACAAUUGAGUAAUUACGACGACAUGCUUCAUAAUGGAGGUCGUAAUUUAUUCACUUAGUUUAUAGCGAACGCGCAAAUUUGGCCGUGACGCAAGUUUGCGCAAAAUAUGUAAAUCACAUUCGUUUUUGAUAUUACGUCUAAAAAUGGAGAACAAAUGGGAACAUUUUGAUUUGAAAGCACGGUGCAGGAAACCCAUCAUGUAAAUAUGAAUACUUGUAUAUUCGGAAAGAAUCUGUCGGUCUGCGUUAUGUUUGCUUUGCGUCUCUCAGUAAGGACGCCGAAAGUUUUCUCAUUUGCCUUGUGUUUGCUUAAGCUGUGAAUGUUUGCCCAUCAACAGUUGUAGGCGAUAAAUAGUUUUCCAAGAUGUUAUGUUAGCGAGAAAAUGUCAUUCUUACCACAGAGAUGGUUAAAAAUAGACGAGUAUUAAUGUUCACCGCAUCUGAUCCAGGCGUUUUUUUCAAAGAAGAAUUCCUUGACUCUAAAUUUGAAAUUGGUCACAAAUGUUUUAGGUUUCGUUCUAUGUGCUACAAUGAUAAAAAGUUACCGACAAGACGGUAUUGCUAUAUUUCUCAUUCCGUUUCCGUGAGAAGUUGUUUAUUGGUCAAAUGUUGUGCUGACUGAUUUGCAGAACAUAUGACUCAUGAGAUUUCUAACAAAUAUAUAUAGGCAUGUAGCUUUUUGCGCACAUUUCACGAGAAGUUGCAAGCCGCCCUGACCCCGCACGAGCGAUGUAAGUUCACGUGAAGAAAUUAUGAGACAAACGUUAACACGAAUGUUAGCAGCCUUCAGUUUUUAGUGUACUCUUCAGACUUAAUGUUCAUGUCAACAGCACUCAGAAAGUUUUGCAAUAUCUUGUCAACAGAAUACUCAACAUCUCUAAAUGAUGUAAGUGUUUUGGGUAAUCAUAGUUUAUAGGCUACUGAGAUUCCAGGACUUCAGAACAGGUCACUUUGCGGCGCAAAUGUCCCAUGUGUCGACAAAUGUUCAAAAGAAUCUUGCCGAAAUACCCAGAAUGGGUACAAUUAUCUGUAUAUGUAAAUGUUGUAUACAUACAAAAGUAUCGCCAGUUUUUAAGAUACAUAAUGAUCAGAACAUUACUGUCAUUAGCUCUACUAACUGUAUAAGUCUCACCACCAAAACCUAAACUAACUUUGUGCUGGAUAACUCUGCCAGAUCUCCCUAGUCCUAGAGGUCCAGUAAGGUCCAAGCCUUAUUAGGAAAGUUAAACUAAACUAAAUUUAUGCAGUGGAAAUCUCGAUCAAUUCAAAACUGUUCUCCCAAAGAAUCAGUAAGGUGCUUCCCUUGUUACAGAACUUUGGGUAGGUAGCUCAAACAAACGUGCGGUAUAUGCUAAUCAAGUUUCGAAGUAUCCCCAGCUGAUUAUGUCGUUAUACUAAAUUUCUCUCAAGCUAGACAUAAAUACAAUCAAAAUCAACAAACGUUAUGCAGUCUUGUUGAGACAGAUCGCAGAGUAGCUUAUUACUCUUGCAUAUCAAAGAAACCGGCAUAACAUUAUAUUCCUAAUGAUCUAAGCAGUUCUAACCACAUCUCAUUACACCUUAGCAAUCACAGAAUGCUUAUUACUUUUCUUGAAAUUGUAGCAUUUCCAUGAAGGACGUAUUCAUUUUGAUGAAAACUAGCACCUGAUCCAAAGCUUUUUUCACCUCUUUGAUUUUCUGUUUAAACUAUAAAAAUCGACACGGGAGUUUCGAAGGUUCUAAUCGUUCAUACAAAUGUGUGAGGUGUUAUUGCAUUAACAUCUGUUUGUCGCAACCAUAUGUAAGAUAUGACACUUGACUGUAAGUAAUUAAAAUUGGGUGAGAUUUGAGGUUUUUAGAUAAAUGGUAUAAGAAAUGGGAGUUUUGGGGAAGUGGUUUGGUUGGUUUUAUAGAGUUUGUGUUGUGAGUGAUGUGUCUGCCUUGUGUUGGUGAUACAUAGGUGAUGAUCACGUUCUGUUUUCAGAUUAUCAGCAGGAAAUAUACUCAUGCUUCAUCAUCUUGGGUGUCUCAGCCAGGUGAUGAGACGCGCCGCGAGGUUUCACCUGACCAUUAUAGGUCGAGGAUCGAGGGGAAAAUGUCUGAAGAAAACAUGUCUGUCUUUGUUCUUUCGAGUCGAUGUCGAGCAUUGAGUUACGAAUUUGUACACUGGAGACAUCACUUUUGCACCGCUCCAAGUACGUCCAGUAUCUGUCUGAUCUACCAUUCUCUUCCACGUUUCGGUACUUCCACUUUUUCUCGCCCUUCACCCAUUCAUUUUGCAAGUUCUGGAACUCAUCAUCAUCCCUUCAUUCCAGACAUGGCGGUGUACCCUUGAUAUAAACUCGAACGGUCUGUGCCGCAAACAUAGGUAGUACCAAAAACACCCGAAAAUUGAGAAGGAGAGGGAUUUAACUACCUGAAAAAUACCAAAGUAAAACUUCAUUUGUCACUGGUAGUUGAAUUCCUAUCCAUCUCAAUUAUCCAUGAUAACUCAUCAGUAAGCCGGUCAUGAUCUUCCUCAGGCGUAUUGUUACAAUAUUCCUUAUCAAGUUGUUUUGGCCCAUUUGAAGCGCGCCUAUAGGCCGUUGGACAAUAUAAUAUACGUAUUUUCUUCACCCUCGACAUUUCAUUUUCGAGGAAAUGUCAGCACGCGGCGAGAUGUUUCGACCGCACUUGGCAAGUUCAUUGUGAAAACAUUUGCGAAUAAUUUAAUUAAUCGAUUAGUUGGUAAUCUUUGCGCGCAAAAUGCUAAUUGUAGUCCAACGCGCGCGCAUUUGUGCGCAAAACUAGGAGUGUAUUCUAAACAUGCUUAUAGUUGUUGAGCAUGUUUUCCUCGGUGCGCGCAUGAAACCUGAGCUGUGUGGCGUCGCCACAGUGGUGUUUAAUCGGAUACCAGUGUUUACAAGAGAAUCUUGGUCAAGGUGCUGAAACACCGAAGCGGAAAAAUUUAAUUAGGGCGUUUAAUUGAUCACCACCUGUGAUAAGGAACAUUCUUACAUUUAAUGACAUAUUUGAGGCGAGAGCUUUCAGUACACCAUUUACUCGCUUGGGGAGAACAUAAAAGCGCGAAAAAUGGCCAAAAGAGAUGACAGCCAAUUGAACCUUAUACUUUCAUCAAAAGCGCACGCUUUCUCGGUUGCCUCGCUUAUUUCGGCGCAAGAUGGUGACGAUGAAAGCUUACAAAGAUAUGCAUAUCCUUCGCCCGACGCAGGUAGGCACCGGAUAAGCCGCGAUAUCGUAGAUAUAACACAAUAGACUCUAGUUACUAAACACUUCGUAUUUUAUAUAUAAAUAUACUGCGGUGUGAGUUUAGCUUGAGUCAACUUUUUCACUUCGCCAGUGUAAGAAAUGAUGUUUCCGUAUUCCUCUGAUUCUGUAAUAGUAUACUUAAUAACUGACUUACAUGUCAGAACUAUAUAUUUUCACUUUUAUAUCUCUUUCUCUAUAGUUUAUACUGUAUAUGUAUAUAUCAUAAACACACCAUACACAUACAUCUCCGAGUCAUGAAUCUAUACACUGCUCAUUAUCAUAUUGAUCUACUCUGUCUUUAGUCCAUCUAUCUAUAUAUUUGGUGUAAAUAUUGUGAUCAUACACAAUACACAUUCUACAUCUCUACAGUCAAAAGACGCAAUUCUCAUGACAAUAUCACAUUUCCAACUCGCUUGUGUGUCAUAUACCUACUUUGUUAUUUACGCUACUUAUAUAAAGUGUAUAUUCCGCAAUAUCCGGAUUUGAGCUAAGCACAGUAUAUAUUACCGACCCUUGUGCUGUUUGUCAGGUGUUAAAAAGUUGGGUGAAGGAUCUGAAAUGUAAGCAACGUAAUCACAACUGAUUGAGUAUUUGUAUUAUUUUAGAUUCAACAGACCUUACGAGUUCUGCUCUGGGUUCAAUGCAGGCUAUGCAGAACAGAAUGCCCGUGAAUGAAGAGCGCUCUCUGGAAGAUAUCAAAGUUGAUCUACAAAUGAAAGAUCUCUGGCAUCGCUUUCAUGAGCUUGGUACUGAAAUGAUUAUCACGAAAGCUGGACGGUGGGUUGAUACACCUUACGCAGUUAAGCCGUGAUUUCAAAAUUUAAAACUCCUAUUUCUUUCUCACUAGACGCAUGUUUCCAGCGAUGCGCAUCAAGAUUAGUGGCAUGGACCCGAACGCGCAAUAUAUUCUAAUUUUGGACGUGGUUCCCGUCGAUAAUAAAAGAUACAGAUAUGCGUAUCACAGUUCCAAAUGGAUGGUUGCGGGAAACGCGGAUGCCCCCAUGCCAGGGAGAGUUUACAUCCACCCCGAUUCUCCCGCUUCUGGAGAAGAAUGGAUGAGGCAGGUGAUCUCUUUUGACAAAGUCAAGCUGACCAACAAUGAACUCGACCAGCAAGGACAUGUAAGUAAUAUAUGGCCCAGUAUAUUGGAGGAUAUAAGCAUUACAGAACUACAGCUGGUGGUCAAUAUGAGAAAUGAUGUUUGUGGUGUUACUCUGAGUGUGCAUCCACACUGCAUGGUAAGCUGAAAGGUUUGCCUGACUACAGUGGGAAUCGAGGUCGUGGGUUCGAUUCCCACCGUGGCCAAGCUAACUUUUCAGCUUGCCCGGUGUGGAUGCACACUCAGAGUAACACCACAAACAUCAUAUUUACCUGAGUACAUAACACCAACACACACAAAAAAGUAUCAUCAGAAAUGUUGAUACGUAUAUAGGAGGAAGUAUAUUAAAGAUAGACUACCCUUAAUUCCCGUUUAUUGGCCACAAAAUGCAAGGCAGUAUACGACACAUAUAAUGAAAAUAAUGACAUAAUUUUCUCACUCUGCGAACUCAUACAACAGUGACAGUGUAGCGGACAAGAACACAGGCUGGUUGUUGGCACGGUAUAAAUGCUUAGUGAAACUGAUGUAUAUAAGAAUCUAAAGCGCGCUAGUUUUCUUGAAAUCAAACUAGGUUCCACAUUGUCUCUGCUUGCAUGGGUAUGACGACUAUAGCUGAAGGCCAAAACUCGUAAUAAGCGAUUUCAUUUAUUAAUUUUUCUGAUAAUUAUAGAUAUCCGCUCGGUGAAUUUCGCCGUCUGUCACGACUUUUAUUCAAAUUUUGAUUGUUUGCGGCCAACUGUCACAACUCUAUCAUUUAAUAGAUGAAACGAAUAUGCGGUGUGCAAUGUGACUGGCUAUAUAGAGAGAACACGGCAGUGUCGCAUUAUAAAAUAAAGAAAGGUUAAGGAUGGGUUAAAUAGCUUAAACUAGACAUGUCUGCGCAUGUCGUACGAGUUAUAUAUAUCAUGGACAUGGUCCAUGUCAAAAAAUAUAAAAUCUGAAAAAUCAGAAAUAAGCCCCGUUCAAACGGACUCAUGUUGGCACAUUCCAACAAUUUUCAGAUCAUGUUUUAAACUGAUUUUUUUGCAAACAUUUUAAAGCACAUAUUUUCAAUUUGUAUAUAUCUUAUGAUUUUUGUUUUUAACCAAUGGGUGGUUCCAGCUAAAGACUAAAUUUUGAUCAAGGCAGGUUGAACGAAACCCGACACCACAGCUAGAAAGAGUGGUCUUAGAAUGAGUAAAACUGCAAAGAUUGGUUGCUGAAUGUUGUAAAAUGAAGGAAAUAUAGCCCUGUGAAGUUCGCAAAUUUUGUAUAUAUUUGUAUUACGCGCGGUAAAAAUAACCACUUUCGGCUUAAAAAUGGUUAUUUUUCCCGCGCGUAAUGCAAAUAUAUACAAAAUUUGCGAAUUUCACAGGGAUAUAUUUUCCUCAUUUUACAACAAUUCGCAACCAAACUUUGCAAUUUUACUCAUUUUAGGAUGCUCUUUCCAGCUAUGGUAAUAGAUUUCGCGGUUCUUGUCUAGAUCAAAAUUUCGUGUAUAGCUGGAAUUAUUGAUCCACUGAAGUUGCGGACUCUGUUUUUAAGCGAUCGAUUUCAGGUUUUGACCUGUUGUAGUACAAUGACCACUACUGAUAAAUACGCAUGCAUUAUAUGAUGAAGUUCAGCUCUAUUUUGUGGAUGGAAGAAGACGCACUCACUCCAUCUCUCAUCAAGGAUAUAAGUUACAAGAAAUAUUAUCUUUGUUGAUACGAUAUGAGAGGAUAAACACAGACCUUUUAAAAAUAUUGACCCGGACAAAGAGAGGUUUGGAGAGCAUCGUUAAAUGCGCAGAGUGAAAAGAGAAGCGACAGAUUGUUGAAAUUUUGUGAUUAUUGACCAAGUGGGAUUUACAAAGAUAUCAUUUCCGAUAGCAAUAUAUUCACAUAAAUAUAUAAUUUUUCAACACUCUCUCUCUUACUGAUAAAAUAUAUAGUCUAUAGCAAAGGACGUCAUGUGUGUAUGCAAUAUCUAGUCAAAGGUAGUAUUCCAUCAUAAACUGUUGUGGUUUGUGUCUGAACUACCUGAAAAAAGAUAUCUCAAACGUGGUGGUCCAGUGUAGGUAGUAUUCUACAAUAAACUGUUGUGGUUUGUGUCUGAACUACCUGAAAAAAGAUAUCUCAAACGUGGUGGUCCAGUGUAGGUAGUAUUCUACAAUAAGCUGUUGUGGUUUGUGUCUGAACUACCUGAAAAAGAUAUCUCAAACGUGGUGGUCCAGUGUAGGAAGUAUUCUACAAUAAGCUGUUGUGGUUUGUGUCUGAACUACGUGAAGAAGAUAUCUCAAACGUGGUGGUCCAGUGUAGGUAGUAUUCUACAAUAAACUGCCGUGGUUUGUGUCUGAACUACCUGAAAAAGAUGAACGCACGCAAAACGUCGCGAUGGUUCAAACGAACGCUGUAGCUUCGUCAGAAUUCACCCAGUCACCACUUUGAAAAGUGGUGACUUUUGAAAAUGUAGUUCCGAGCAAAAAAACGCCAGCUUAUAAUAUCCAUUGUAUCUUUUUAAGAUCAUUCUUCACUCCAUGCACAAGUAUCAGCCCCGGAUACACAUUAUUAAGAAGAAAGAUUCAACUUCUGGCAAGCCUGAUCAGGUCCAUGAUCUGGAGCAAGAUACCUCGAAUGCAGAAUCGAAAACAUUCGUCUUCCAUGAGACGGAGUUUAUCACUGUGACUGCUUAUCAGAACCAACAGGUAGGGCAGGGGGUGGACUUUAACGUGGGGUUCAGGGUAGGUGGAUCAGCCUGUCCAGUGAACUUAUAAAGGGUGUUAAGUGUUGUAGGAUCAAGCAUAUUAAACGUCUCUCCUUCUUAUGUAGUAUUUAAAACAUGAGUAGUAGUGUCUUAUCAGAUAUAAAGAUACGAGGCGAAGCCGAGUAUCUUUAGGUCUGAUAAAACACGCACUGCGAAUGUUUUAAAUUGCUUCAGAAACGAUCGAUCUAGUAAGUUCAUUGGCGAAGUAAUUUUCAAAAAUACGUUGUGUAAGUCGAGAAAAUCAAAGUUAAAGUUUAUGUAAAUGAAGGAAAAUCUCUAUCACAAAUAAAGAUACGACACGCUUUGACACGCUUAUGAUUUUCCUCAUGAAUUAUUAAUGAGUUUAUGAUUCGAUUUAAAGAAUAAUACCAUUGUUUUAUGAAAUGAUAACUUCAUUUAUAGCGAUACGAUCCGUUGAAUAAAACUGGAUCGAAUUAGCUUGGGAAUUAAAACUAUUUACAACCUUUAUAGCCGUAUAUUGGACGUCAAUCCCGCCAUUUUUGGCUUCACUUUUCUUAUAGGCCGAAUGAGUAAACUUCUAGCUCCUGCAGAUAUAUAAAGCUCACUGGGUAAAACCCACCCACAUAAGUCCGUGAAUGGUGAAAAGGGUGAUUCCUAGAUGACCGUACUGGAGUAUAUUAGUUUUAAAAAAUCAAAAAAUGUCCUUUCUCAUAUUUCCACACCUUGUAUAUUUCAUGACAGUUUCAAGUGGCUGUUUAUUUUGAAGGCACGUUAAGUUUCCGACGAUUUCCAAAUUGUUUCAACAUUUUUAAGAAUGUCAAAAUAUAUCAGCGUAAUCGCGGAACAUGUUAAGAUGAGAAAUCAAAACAAACUCUCCGACAUCCUUUCGCAAUCCAUGUUAUCAAUGGCAAGAUAAACUAACGUAAACAAUGCUUUUACUCGAACUUUCUGGAAUUUUUUUCAGUUGGCCCGGUCUCAUUUAUCUAAGAUAAUCGCACAGCCGGAUCACACUAUCUCACACGGAAAAUGCUUCUUGCAAAGAAGUGUAUUACUAAAUUACUGCUAAAGUUAGAUUGUUUUCAUUGAUUCGAGACUUGAACAACGAAUUCACUUAUUCACUGAGAUGUAUCAUGGGGAUUUUGAUAUUUACGGAGCGUCUAUGAUUUUGAGUAAUUUAGGGAAACGCUCGGUUAUAAUCAAUGCGCAACGUAUUCGCACAAUGUAAUUUGGGUUUAUAUGAUGGUAAUCAUUGUUUCCAUUAUAUUUCAAGCUCAUCGUGAAAAAAUAACGUAAAGAUGUUUAUCUGUACUGAAAACCGAAAAUAAAUUUUCACCCAGCGUUUAUUGCUUUAAACUACGGAUUUGGUAAUGGUUGAUCAAUUGAGAGAGAGAAUUUAUCUUGAAGUUUACGUAUUGUGCAUUUGAGUAAUUAUACAUUGGUACUUUUGAGCUGUACAUUUUACAAUUUACCUCGAGAGUUGAGAAAAAGCGCAUGCACAAGGUAUUUAGUUUAUUACUAUUCAGUGGUUUUGUGAUGGUGCUGUCUAUUUCAGAGCCAUACCAAGGAAAUUAAUAUAACGAUUUAAUUUGCGCGUGUGAAUCCCUUCAAGUGUAUACAACAAGGAUUUAUCUUGAAAUUUCAGGAAAGCACACUUUGAACUCUGCGCACGAUAAAAGCAUUUGAAAAUUGAGCUAUCUCGAGCAUUCGCUGCCAUAGCUGUGAGGCCAAACCCAGACUGAAAUAUUCUGAUAAGAAAAUUGGCUUAAUGACUACCAAAUGGCGAGCGUGAUCUCAGUUUAUCGAUAAAAAUCAAUAAAGGUUGAAACUUGCCGACAUGCUUUCAAUAUAUAUUGCCAAAUCUGUACGCACCGUUGUCCUCAUUCCACACGAUGAAAGACGAAUAAGAAACUUGGCAUCUCAAAAAUAGGUGUUAAAUGCAUGACACGACCGUGUGAGUGGAGCUUUUAAAAUUUUAGAACAAACUUCAAAUAGCCCCCUGUCGUUAAGGCUUUUGCGCAAAAAUGUAGUGCCAUUUAAUCAUGUGAAGAAUUUUUAUUUGAGGUGGUCUCUGACCGCGGUCCAUAAUAAACUGUCGUAGUUUGUGUAUGAGCUAUCUGAAAAAUAUUGAAAACACUUUGAAAGGUUCGAGCGAAGACCUUUGAUUGUAUCAGUGGUGUGUUGGUACACAAUGUUAAGCAGAGUUUUUAUGAAUCUCUUGCGGGUAGUUCACACAGAAAUACAAUGUGAGAGUGUUUUAACCUAUAUCAAAAAACAACACCACACUUCUGCCAGGCGAAAUAAAUGCAAGGGUUACACGGCACUACGAAUAGGCCACCUUUCCCCAGCAUUUUAACUCAUUGCGGAUAUUUUUUUACAGAUAACUCGUCUGAAGAUUGAUCGCAAUCCCUUUGCAAAAGGAUUUCGGGAUUCAGGAAGAAUACGGUAAAACACAACUCCAAGAUGAAAUAUCUUUCAAGACUGAUAUCGCACAAAUAGUAAACAUGGAUGACAUCAUACAUAAAUAUUAGUGCACCGUGGUUUAUGCUAAUUAAGAUCAUAUAUCUAAACAUCUCGCGCCUACACAGUUUCUGUUGUUAAAGCACCACCGCUAGAAAAAAUAACAUAAAUAUAGAAUCCCGGCAGCAGAUUUUUUGAACAUUGAUAUGCAUAUGGUUUUAGCAAGCAUUAUCUCUAAAACACCAAAAUUAAUUUCUUAAUUUCAUUUACGCUUGAUUACACUUGAUUGUUCCAGAUUUAAGUCCAUAAUUUUGAGAUAAUUUUAAUGCACAUGCCUUGAACACUCUAGUAUCUAUCUAAUUAAGAACUUAUGUCGGUUGUUUUACAUAUACUUUGUUGGUAUUUUUUAGCACACUCUUGUCGUUUAACACAAGUAUUUAUAUUCACUGUGAAAUGUUGUUCCAUCUUUAUGAGAUAGAAAAACAACAAAUACCACUCUUGAACUACGGUUAUAAAAUUAAUUUUGUAAUUUUCGGUAUCCUUCAAGGUUAUCUAAAUAAUCUGUGACCUUCUUUUGCGGUAACUGGAUUAUGUUUUAUCUUCAGCGCUCGGAAACUAACCCUGCUUCGUAAAUAAACAAAACGUGGCAAAAAACAUCUGCCAACGAGAUAGUUUGCUUGUAAACUUGGUAAUUAUUUACGAAUUGCAAACAAAGCAAAUCAUUCCCUAACAGUACGACUAACAAUUUGCUCGUUUGGAAAAUUCUUUUUCAUGUUAAAUCAGAGAAAAAUAUUUGACCUUUUACAGGGACAAGAGUUUUAUAAAGAGAUACUAUAAAUCCUGUUUCAUAGACACCAUGAAUUGUGUUUGAUUAAUAGGCACUGCCUCUGCUUAACACUUUUUAUGACAUUUAUACUUAUCUGGAUAAUUAUAAAUGGCAUAGUGAUCAGUGAUCGGAAUGUUUCAUUGUCUUUUCAUUGUUUUGAAAUUCCCACUGUUCUCCACACGCCAUCCAGUCACUGUUACGACAUUUGUGGAAAGGGCUUCAACUGUUUUAACAUUUUUAAAGCGUUGUUGAGACUUUUCCCAUCUCUAUAUUGUUGUAUUCAAUACAGGGAUGCAAUGGACGAGUUAAUGCAAGCGUAUUCAUGUUGGCGUCCUCCAAUCAGACCUGUACCUUACCCUGAUUAUAAUGGCAAUGAUAUCGCAUUCUCACAAGACAUGAGAGCAGGUUAGUGACACCAUGCUGUAUACCAUACCAUACCAUAUAACACCUACAAUACCAUACCGUAUCAUACCAUACCCUACCACACAACACAAAAUUAGUUGGACCAGGAACUAUAACUAGUAGCCUACUUUCGUUAUAUUAUUGAAUAAUAAAUUUCUCCCAUCAUGCUUUAGGAGUAGAAGAGCAACAUGAACUCCCAACAUUCAACACGAGCUUCACAACAGCUCCCCCACCUACAACGAAUUCAACCCCAGUUUCCUACCCCUCGGCCUCGAUGGUAUACCCUACCUCUAACUACCCUCCUUCCGCCUAUAAUGGAUUCAGUAAUGCAUACAGCGGUUACCCAACGUUGGCGCAUGCGCACGUCCCAGGCGCUCAGUAUUCGCCUCAUUAUACAACAUGCUCUUACCCACCCCAACAUAACCAGCCUAGGUUCCAGGCUAACGCGGUCCCUGCUAACGUCACCAUGAAUUAUGGUUACCAUGGAAGCCAAGUGAUAGCAGAUCCUUCGACUCAAUCAUCGUAUGUGCAAUAAAAAGGCUCUCGGUACAACUCGGUACACAAGGUUUUGGCAGGGAUACGAAAUAUCGACGACAGCUUUCCGAAGGUUCUCGAUUAUUUCCGAGGUGGGAAGUUCCGAGUAUACAGUGAUGGUGAAGCCAUGGUUAAUUAUUAUUACUUGAGGGUGUUUACAUGAGAACUACAUAAAAAAGAUUUGACCAAGAAUAUCGUGCAGCAGAUGGUGCUCAAUCUGCAGUUCUCAGAAAAUAAUGAUAUUUCGUUUAUUAAAUAUACUAUUCUUGUAUUUGGUGGCAAAUAAAAAUUUUUUCUUGCUCGUGUCAUUGUCAACAUUUUCCAAGUUGACCAACAUCUGCUUCUCCGUGAUGUAAGCUCAUGUAAACACACCCAGGUCACAUGGACUGAGCACAAACUCUGCACCAAGAACACCGGGAAUUACUGGGAAUUUGGUUUAGUUUGUAAUUUAUAAAGCACGGAGAUAUACUGGUGCAACAUUUUUAAUGUAUGUAAAUAUGGUGGUCUGUAAAUAGUUUCAUAAUAGAAAAUUUCUGAAUUUCACCAAAACACAC